AUGUCUUCCACAACCAAGGUCUCUCGGAUUGGAGAAGAGACGAGGGUUGACAAGGUCAACGCGGAGUUGGUGACGUUGACGUAUGGAACGAUUGUCGCGCAAUUAUGUCAGGACUACGAUAGCAACUACCAAGAGGUCAACAAACAGCUGGAUAAAAUGGGCUACAACAUCGGCAUGCGACUGAUUGAAGACUUCCUGGCCAAGUCCGGGAUGGGUCGAUGCGCCAACUUCCGGGAGACGGCCGAUAUGAUCGCGAAGGUUGGCUUUAAGAUCUUCCUGAACAUUUCCCCUACUGUGACGAAUUGGACCAGCGACAACAGCCAGUUUUCUCUGAUCUUCGACGAGAAUCCUUUGGCGGACUUUGUCGAACUCCCGGAUGACGGAAGGGCGCAAGAUGAACUGUGGUUCUCUAAUAUCUUGUGCGGUGUAUUACGAGGGGCACUCGAGAUGGUACAAAUGCAAAUCGAAGCUCACUUUGUCAGCGAUAUCCUCAGAGGCGAUGAUACGACGGAGAUGCGAGUGUCGCUAGUCCGAUACAUCGAGGACGAGAUGCCGCCUGAUGAGGAGUGA